AUGGCGGCGCAUUCCCUUCUCCGAACAGUCUUGCUGGCUCUCACGCUGGUCGUGCUGAGCACCGCAUUUUCGAACCCUCUACCAUGCACUGGAGAAUGCAUUGAUACUCACGAUCCGUCCCUUAUCCGGCGCACGUCCGAUGGCACCUACUUCCGUUUCGCGACUGGUGGCGGCAUCAGCAUCCAUACAGCACCAUCAAUUACCGGUCCCUGGAAGACUGCGGGCGAAGUUCUGCCCAGCGGGAGCAAAAUCAACAAUCCUGGGGCAGACGAUGCGUGGGCACCGGAUGUUCAUUAUGUAGGGGGGACGUACUAUCUCUACUACGCUGUCUCGACCUUUGGCACGCAAACAUCUGCUAUCGGCGUAGCAACGUCGACUUCUAUGGAUGCCGGGACAUGGACCGAUCAUGGCUCCACCAGCGUCACCUCAACAACCGGGGAUGACUACAAUGCCAUUGAUCCUAACCUUAUCCAAGUCUCGGGCAAGAACUACCUCACGUUCGGCUCGUUUUGGGGCGAUUUGUAUCAGACCACCCUGUCAUCGAACCUCGAGAGUUGGUCGCAGUCGACUCCGUACAGGAUCGAACUCAACAGUACUAGCCCGCAGCCCAGUGAGGGCGCCUAUGUGUAUCACACUGGGUCGUACUACUACCUUUUCUUCAGCAGCGGAUCCUGCUGUGGAUACGACACGUCGAGGCCGGCGCCGGGAGACGAGUAUAAGAUCAUGGUCUGUCGAUCUACUACGGUGACGGGCGGCUAUGUUGAUAGGAACGGACAAGCUUGCACGAACAGCGGCGGGACGCUGGUCCUUGGGUCCCAUGGCGUGGUCUACGGCCCGGGCGGUCAGGGAGUCUAUGACGAUAUUGUCGAGGGCUCUGUGCUGUACUAUCAUUACGUCGAUACCAACAUUGGUUACGCAGAUGGCGACAAAGUCCUUGGCAUCAACAAGAUUGACUGGAGCACCGGAUGGCCCGUGGUCUAA